UUUUUUUAGGGAAAGGGAGAAGCGGUGAGGGCGGAGCCUUCGUUCGUCCCGCCUCCCACUGGAGUACGUCAUGUCCAGUAUAAAGGCGGGAGCUGCCCGUUCCUCCGCAUACCACAGCAUCGUCGGAACUCGCUCGGGCCUUGGAGGGUCACAAUUACCCAAAACUUCUUUUCAAAUGGGCCCCGUUGCCUAGCGUUCACUCCCCCAGCCUCGCCGACUGAUCGAAGUGAGUGCUCCCGAACAUCAAGCACGUCUGGGUCCGCACAAGGGUUCCAUCAGCACAGUGUACAGCGACCAACGGCCCAACAAUGGCAGCUAUCCCAGCAGGAGGGUCUCUCGUGGCGACCACUGAUUACUACCGAAGGCGCAUCGGCUCUACGUCCAGCAGCAGCUCGUGUGGCAGUUCGGAGUACAGCGGCGAGGUCAUCCCUCACCAUCCAGGACUGCCCAAGCAGGACUCCGGCCACUGGUGGUCCAGCUUCUUCUUCGGGAAGCAGCCGGGGAUGACCCCACUGACUGAGGAGGCGCAGCACAAGGCGGGGAUCUCUGGUGUGGUGACUAACGGUCAGAUCACCUGUGUCGCCCGGGAGAUGGUGAUGCAGCGGCAGGCGAGCGAGAGCAGCGACGCGGGAAGCCCCGUCUCCUCGUGAUCCCGCGGUCUCUCUCUGUCUUCGCCACCACACCUGAUUGGGGGGAAUCGAACCAUCAGCCAACGCUAGGUGACGGGAGGAAGUCCCGUUUACAGCCUUAGUUUCUUUUUUUCCUUUUGUACGUGUCGUAGUGUGGCUGCGUGUUCUGUUCCUGUAACCUCACUUUUUAAAUUAAUGACCAAAAAUAAAAAAUAAAAGCAGCCGAUAAGCUCUGUUUGUUUUUAACAUUUGUAAUGUGUUUGUAUUCAGCCUGAAGGUGGCGCUGCCACAGGCUUUUCUUAACCUUUCUCACUUUGUCACUGCAAACGAAAUAAAGUCGAGUGCAUCCCGA